AUGACACAUAAUUUUAAAAAAGAUCAUUUAAAAAAUUUGGAUUCACAACAACAACUAAAUGGAAAACCGAUGAUUUAUAUUAGUCAUGAUGAUGACGAUGAUGAUCAAGAUAUUUAUAUAUCAGAACGAUCAUCUGUUGCAUCAUCAAAUGAUAUGAAUCAGAUGUCUAAUACCAUUUUUAAACGAUUACCAACACCAACACCAACGCCGUCUUCGAUGUUAUCGUUAGGACAAAAACAAUCUCCUAAUCUUCGAUAUCAUGGUAAUGAAUUACAAGAAAAUGGAAUGCCAACUGCUAUUCAAUGUCAACUUUCACGUAAAGAAGAGAGAAAAAAGAAAAAAAAUGUUCAUAAAGCUACAUCGAAUCAAACUAAUUGGGCUACAUUAUCUGAAACAAAAUCACAAGAAUUAGCUGAUAAUUAUUAUCCAUAUUGGGGUUAUUAUAAAGUAAAGAAUUCUGAUCGAACUAUGCAUAAUCGUCAAACACUUGAUGGUCAGAUAACACCAAAUGAAUUACUUGAUCCUACACAACAUGUUCAUAAACCUGCAUUAACAACAUCAUCUAUAAAACCAAAACAACAACCACGAAAAUUUCGUCAAAAUGGUGUAUCAAUCAUUCGAUCCAAUCAAGAUAAACAACGUCAUGAUCAUAGUGAAAAAAAUUCACCAACAUCAUCACAUUUAACAUUUCAUGAUAAUCAUGAUAAUAAUUAUUCACAACAACAUAUACCUAUUGAAAAUUCUGAUAAUGACGAAUAUCGAGAACAAUCAACAAAACGUACAAUAAAACAACAACGUCGUAAAUUAAAAACUGAAAAUGAUUCAAUGGAUCAUUAUGUGCAAUCAAAUACCAAUAAAUUACCUCAAGAUUCAAAUAGUUUAAUUAUAACAUCCAAUUCAUUAACAAAUCGAUCAAAAAAUAGUACGAAAAUAUCAGAAAAAAAUUCUUUAACUUCUAAUAUUGAAGGAAACAGUAAACAUCGUCAUUCUAAACAUUAUUGUCAUCAUCAUCAAAAUCAUAUUCAGUCACAUAAUUCUCCUUCGAUUCCUUCUCAACAAAGUAACCAUUAUCAUCAAAGCCUUCAUAUUCGACGUCGUCCACCAUCCGGUUCAAAUCAGGGUACUGAUUUGCAGAUUGUUGAUAGUUCAAUUAAAAAAUCCGAACGAUCAUCUUAUUUUCAAUCGGCACGGGAAUCAUUUCAUGUACCAACAUCACCUAUUUAUAAUCAAAAUUCUUAUUUACCACCCAUCAUACGUGAUCAUCAUCAUCAAAAAACAAAUACAAAUCGUUUUCCAACUGAAUAUUAUGGUACAUUAGCUCGACAGGCACAUAGCAAAGAUUGGGAAGAACCAAUAGAAGUUACGAAAAUUUAUAAACAUGAUCCACAAGCACGAUUCUACGAUCGUUAUUUAAACAAUGUUGUAGACAAAAGACUAGCAGUUUAA